GGCAAUAUAACGAGUCUCAUAAAUCACCAAAAUGAUUCGAAACUAUACAAGUCCCAGCGAGCAAACAGUCAACCAAUCGACACGGAGAUCGGAAGAUGUACGGAGCAUGUCCUUUCAUCCGCCUGUCUUGUUGGCCCGACCUGGCCGGAUCUCUCUUGUAUGAGAUUCCUAUGGGCACAACCAUAAAUGCAGCAAUGAUUGGCAAGCCAUCGAGUGUGGGACAGCCUAUAGCCAGGGCAGGUAACAAGGGAACUCGGUUGAAUCGAGCAAAGUCCAAAUGGCCACAUAAUCAGGGCACAGUUGGAGCGACACAGCGAUCACAUCGUCUGUGACUAACGCAUACGGAGAAUACUCGUGCCCGACAGAAAGAGAAAAUGCAU